GUCAGUAGUAAAACUCUCAAGGAAAAUGGCGGACGAUGUGAAUUCUUUCUCGAUUUUGAUUUUACUUGGGUUAUUUUACCUCUUUAAAAACGCCUCAUCUUUACUGUGCUUUUGUGACCCAUGCCACAGUUAUCUUCAUGUCAAUAAUACGUGUAUAGCAAAACCAGAGAGUAAAUGUUUUGCAGCGAUAAUUAGGGAAACAGAAAAUGGUGCGGAGGUGGAUACGUGGAGUUAUGGAUGUCUUCCACCAGACGAGGCAUCGCUUUUAACGUGCCAAGGGGAUAAAGUACCUCACAAGAUCCCUCAGUCCGUAUUAUGUUGUGACGAUGGCGAUCUAUGCAACCAAAAUCUCGAACCUAUCCCAAAAGCUCCUCCUACAAGUCCUCCCAGCUACGUGCCGCAGCCAUAUCCAAACUACGACGAAAACAUCACCCAGAUCGCCCUCCUCAUCUCGGUGACUGUCUGCCUAAUCAUUCUCAUCAUCACCAUCACAUUUGUGUACUUACGGUAUCGGCGGCGUGAGGUACGGCGACAGCAGUAUCUGGAGGAGGCUGAGCAGUGCGACACCUUUAUCAACCCAGGAGAAACACUUAGAGAUCUGAUCGAAGCUUCACAGUCCUCUGGGAGUGGAUCAGGGCUCCCUCUACUGGUACAACGAACGAUAGCCAAGCAGAUCCACCUCAUAAAGAGCGUGGGGAAAGGACGCUAUGGAGAAGUAUGGAAAGGAAAAUGGCGAGGAGAAAACAUAGCAGUUAAAAUCUUUUUUACGACAGAGGAGGCCAGUUGGUUCCGAGAAACCGAAUUGUAUCAAACCGUUUUACUCAGACAUGAUAACAUUUUAGGGUUUAUUGCCGCAGAUAUCAAGGGGACUGGAUCAUGGACCCAGUUGUUUCUCAUCACAGACUACCACGAAAAUGGUUCUUUACACGACUACCUGAAGCUUCAUACCCUGAAUGUAUCAGAAAUGUUGCGAUUAGCACAUUCAGCAGCAUGUGGUAUUUCACAUUUACACACAGAAAUCUUUGGAACAAGGGGAAAACCUGCCAUAGCACAUAGAGACAUAAAAAGUAAAAAUAUAUUAGUCAAGAAAAAUGGGACGUGUUGUAUAGCCGAUCUUGGGCUAGCGGUCAGGUUUAUAAGUGAAACAAAUGAAGUGGAUAUAGCACCAAAUACGCGGCAGGGUACCAAGCGUUAUAUGGCUCCAGAGGUGGUCGACGAAACCUUAAACAAGCAUCAUUUUGAUGCAUAUAAACAAGCAGAUGUGUAUGCAUUUGGGUUGGUGCUGUGGGAGAUUGCAAGGAGGUGUCUCUCAGGAGGCAUAUUCGAGGAAUAUCAAAUACCGUAUCAUGAUGCUGUCCCAAGUGAUCCAAGUUUUGAUGAAAUGAAGAAAAUCAUUUGCACAGACAAGCUAAGGCCAGCAAUACCUAACCGGUGGAGUAGUGAUGAGAACUUACGGACAAUGGCAAAACUCAUGUCUGAAUGUUGGAAUCAAAAUCCGGCCGCCCGACUCACAGCACUGCGAGUCAAGAAAUCUCUUGCGAAAAUGCAGGAGAAUCAUGAUCUCAGUGUAAGUGUGAAAAUCAAGGACACACCGUUUACGUUUCAGUUAUAGGGGAAGGGAGAGAUAAUCAGAACUUGAGGAAUAUCAUAGAGUGAGACACAGAAGUGCUCUUUCUGUUGAAUAUUGCUACAGAUGAGUCGCCCCUUAAGUAAGACAGGAGAUAUGUGCUAUCAUUUGUCUGAUAUCAGAAUGUGGCACCACAUCCACUUUCAGUGCCGUGUAGGCCACUGCUGUCAUCAGAGACAAGGUGCCGAUGUGGAGUUGACAUCCUGAAGGACAAUAUUUGAUGUCUUGCUCUGAGUUAAGCCUUGCAGAGGCAACUUGCUCAAACUGUGUGGUGUUCACGUUACAGGUUGUAGUAACCUGCCAGAAAUAGCUUCAAUUUUGGGACAAUCUGUUUGAGAGUGGUUAUCCUGUGGCUAUAGUGUCACACAGUGGAUGGGUAAUCAGUAUCUGCCCCAUGUGGUCACACUCGGAAAGGAGGGAGUGGAAAUGCCAGGCCAGUAAAUCUAUUCUAGAUGGUGCAUAGCAAAAAAGGAGGGGAACACUCAACAUUGACUUCACAUCUGAAUGGAAGGAUUCGUAGAAGUAGUGUUGAGAAAGUUGUAUUGGAAAAGAGACAUUGAAAGUGUAUUCCUUUUGGCAACAUAUGAGGGUUGUUAGAGGGUUGAGCUCUCUUUGUAUAAGGUGUACAAAUACCAUUUACAUGUAUUCAUUGUCUGUUGUACCUGUGAAUUGUAGGUUUGCCUCUUGGGCAAUCUCAGGAAGGUGGUUCAUUGUCUGCGGGGUUGAGUCCUGUAUUGUGCUAACAUGAACCUAUUGUAAAUUUGACUCCAGGUCUUGGCCCAUGUCUUGGAACAAUAACUUAGUAUUAGGUACAGUUGUUGUUGGUGUAAUGAAUGUAGAAGCAUAAUUAUCUGUGGGAGCUUAUUCUGAAUGUCCGGCUGUCAUUGUGACAGUCUUGUGGGCAGCUGCAGCCAGGAGAAAUGCUCCCAGGACACCGGCCCCCUGGAUGAUUCAGGGCCAGAGGCAGUGCUGAAGUGCUGUACUCCAUUCGGAAGUAGUUGUGUCAAGGAAUUUGGAAUGUCACUUGUUGAUGAAGAGUUUGCACAAUGUUGGUUACGGGUCAAAUCUAAUAAGGGAUGAACGGUCAUAAAUAAAAGUAUUGAUUUAUUUCCAAGAAAGGUGAGUUUAGAUUGGCCGCUGUGUGGUAAAGAGGCAUUGCACAGAAAUCAGCGAGAUUGGGCAGUCCUCUUAAAGAACUGCCUUGCAUGAAUCUGGCAUCACAUGGUGCACUAUGGCUGUUCUGUCUUUCAAGUUCACCCAUCCUCCGCUGAUUUUGUGAUAUCACUUCUUAUCCACCAUUGUUUUGGGUUAAAAUGUUGAUCUUUGAUUAUAAAGCUGAUCCAAGUUACAUUGAUUCCAUAACAUAUCGAGCUUUGUGCUUAGUUGUUGGACUUUCAAAAGCUUGUUAAACGCUUUGUAUAAAUGCAAAUCUGGGGUAACAUUAUUGAUUUUGAAUAACUCAGAAAUCGAAUUUAAAAUGCUCAAAACAUUGCGAAGAAUCAAAAAGGAUAUUUUUACCGGUUACCAAUAAAAAGUUGAUCUCAAUAGGUGUUUAGGUGUUCUUGUAUCGCUUUUAGACUCCGUCGAUCCCCAGAUAACAAUUUCAUUGAUAUUUAUAGUGUAAGCAUAUGCAAAUGCUGUUUUAUAUCAGGUCUGCAUUGCAACAUGUGAAAUAUUUCAGCAGAAUCCUGGUGUAGGCAGUUUUAGUUGCUGGUGUUGUUUAUAACUCAAUGGCAAUUGGGAUUUCUUUCUUUGAUUCUGUUUUAUGAGUAUCUGUAUGACGGAAACAAUGUGGCUCGGAUCAGUUGUAGGGGUAGCACUAAUGGAAUAUCUGAAGGGGAAGUUUACCUAUCAGGAAGGCCAGUUCAAGUCUAUGUUAGUUUUUUGUCCUGGUACUGGACAUUGACUGGUCAGUUUUGUGGCGAGUACAUUAAUGAUGCAUGAACCAGAUUUUGGUCAAAUUAUGCGUCAAUAACCAUAAAGCAAGCUUGGUGUGACCAGCCGUAAUAGAAUCGGAACAGAUAGGACAAUUUGAUGUCUGGUUAACCAUAGCUGUUGAUGUAAGGCACAAAUCAAGCAUAGUGUGGAGUUCUUUGCCAGCUCUGUGUCCGGUUCAAUGCAAAUUGGUCAAAUUCCUGUGUAUAUUUGUCUUUACUUCUCAGUGCAUUGAAUACAGAUUACUUAUGCCCAACUUGGGUUGAACUGGAGUAGAGAUUUUGUACAUUUUUUCAUGUAAAAAGUAAACAACACAGUUACACCAUUAUAAUGGAUUCCAUUGAAAAAUACCUGUGAAUCCUGUACUAAUAAUUAUCAAAUGUAUUUUUAAACAAAAAAAAAUGUGUACAGUUUGGGCCAAAUACAAUGUAAUGGCCAAGUAUUAGCAAUGGGUGGGUGGGUUGAAUUGACUGACCUCAGUUUGUAGGUGGUUAUUUGUAAAAAGAAUGUAUAGAUUGUACAUAAUGUUGACAUUUUUCUGAUGAAUUUGUGUAUAAUCAAUUCAAAUGUAUGUAAAUCAUGAAUGUGUGACUGUGUGAGCUUGUGGUCUCAUCUCUUUACUUUUCAUCUGCAAUAGGUUUUUGUGCAGCCAAUGUAUUCAUUUCUUGAGACACCAAGUCUUGUACUCAUUCUUCCUUCCUUUGAUGGGAAAACAGUCUCAUUAAGAACUGCAAGACUGUCAGUACAAGCAAAUAUGUUGGCUGUACAAUAAAGUACUUCACAUGAGCCCCAGUCUGCUAAACUGUGCUUAAUAUCAAUCACAGUACCAUAGGCAACUUCUGUCUACUUUUUCAACUAAUUCAACUGACAUCGAUGAAAUUUGUGAUAGCUACAGGUAUUAGAUAUAUUUCCACCGAAAAUUUUGCAAUCAAUCAAAACUCUUAUUUUGUUACCUAUCUGGAAAUACUCUUUGUAACUUUUCUAUUGGAACAACUGUUCUGUUUGUCCCUUUAAUCUCAUCAGUUGCUCGUAAAAGCUUAAAAAUGUAGAAGGGCAAAUCAAACUGUUGAAUCCUUGUCAUUAACAUGAGCUGCAAUGUACUUACUCCUGUCAGCCUGAAAUGAAGUAAUUUGGUCGUAGGCUGUUAAUUGUUGAGAUUGCAUAGAUAUUGUAAACAGUCGAAGCUGGCGCUGGUAUCGGCUUAUGGCAUUCCCUUCUGGGCAGAGGUUGGAACUAACUUUAAAUUAGUAUUCUGGCGAGGGCAGAGUAUUUCUUGUAUUUUAUAGGAUUGUACACGUUCCAACUUGGCAUUAGCUGACAACCUAUUGACAUAUGCUAAUUUUCUGCCUGUCUUAUUUUUACACGUCACUGAUAUUUAAGCUAAGUUUCCAUUGAUUCUACACCAAAGGAUAUGAAUAAUAUGAUGCAGUGUAUUUAUGUUGAUUUUUUGAAAAAAGGUUUGAAAAAUUGAAAAAUGUCACUGCUUGCUGAUUGUGGACAACAGACUCUUCCAAAAACAUUGAAAAUUGGUCUAACUCUUCAAAGAUUUGGCCACUACACCAUUACUAUUGGUUUGAAACGAAUGGUGGUUAGUCACAUGUAUGCAGGCUUGACUGUCAUCUAAUUCCCAGUAUGCAAUUUGUUUUGAAUUUCGUCCAGUCUGACUUGUAUAUAGUACAAUUGAUUUCAAUUCUAAACCAGCUUGCAUGACCAAGUCCUCUUGGUCUGUUUUGGUCUUCCAGUUCUGUUAUUCGAUGCAACAGAAGGCAUGUUGAUAUUGUAAAAAACAUGCAUCAAGUAUUUUACAAAAGUUUGGUGCCAAAUUCUUGUAGUUUUGUGAGUGACAUGUUUUGGUCCGUUCCCCUUUGACUGUUCAGAUAAUGAGUUGUAUCUCAAUCUCCUGGUGAUAUCAUAGUGACAGCCACUGAGAUUUCUUGUGAACUCAAAACAGGUAAGUUUUUGGGUCGCCAGUAAGCAGAAUCAUUAAACUAAAACACUUAGUAAGUUGAGUUAAAAUUCGGCUGGUAGUAACAUUUGGGGUUUGUUGUCUUUCCGGAGUGUAUAGCUGUUCCUCUCUAUUUGUCAACUACGUGUAUGUUCUUCUAGCUUAGGCUUGUUUAACAUAUUUUGCUUUCACCGAUCGAUGCAACAUCACAGCAAGGCUGUCCAUUCUAUUUCAACCACGAGUAUUAAGUGAUUUUCAGUUAUUUUAUACAAAUGCUGUUUAAAUGCAAUGUUAUUUUACAAAUGCAAUGAGAUUACGAUUUUCUGUUGUGUCGGUUUUACAUUACUUGACUUUAAGUUGCACCAAACUGAUCACAUGCAUAAACGCAUCUGAUGGUCUCGACCCUAAAGCCACUCAAAGUAGUAGGCCUACUCAUAUUUGCACCUGGUCGAAAAUAGACCUUCGGAAAAUGAUAGAGCAGACACAAAGAUAUUGACUUGAACUUGAAGAAUCGCAAAAUCCCCGCACGCCACUAGAUGUACUUGAAUAGAGUCAGUGAAUUAUAUUUUAUCCACCCAAUGCUAAUGAUUUUUUAUACCUUGAUUGUUAUGUUAGCAGUGAAUGCAUGAUGCACAAUUCAAUUCAAAUGUACACCGGUGCACCAUGCAUGUAUAUUUUUGUGUGAAGAUUUCAUAUUUAAUUCAAUGAUUUUAUGCUAUUGCUACCGAUAUUCUAUGUUUUACCCAAAUGACUUACAUGUAGUCCAUUAAAGAUGUUGCCCUCUUAGAAAGUUUCACCAGAAAUGCUACCUUUGGUGUUGUUCAAACACACCUUCAGUCCAUUCAUGAGAGCUGAGUGUGUGAGACACUUGUAUAGCCUUAAUUGUCACCUUUGUUACUCUACUUAUGUCAGAGAUUUGGCUCUCUGAGGCAAUAUAUAGAUAUGGCACCAUCCCAUCCCCUUUUUCAUUCCCAUAUCUGCCUUUGGAAAAUGAAAAGAAGUAGUAGUAAAUCAUAUUGUCAAACUGGCACAUGUCCUUACACUCGGGUUCCUGCUCAGUGGACAGUUCUUGGAUGCAUCAGAAAGUGGAAUGUGUUCACGGUCAGUCUAUUAGCUGUUCCUGUACCCGUCGAGGAGGACGUCUAUCUGGCAGUGGGCUGAAUUCACACUACUCCUCUAAAUCAGACUUUUUCUUUUUCCGUUUUUCCCCCAAUUCUGUAAUUUCCAUGAAGUGUUUGUGUGUGUGGUCAUAAUUGUUCCAAGUACCCAGCAGUUUUAUGUGUACAUAUAUGUUGUAUAUUUAGUGUAUAUAAAAACCAUGGCAUGUACAGUAAGGCUAUCACUUCCCUUCAGGCAGAGGUAAUAGAAGUUUGCGGGAGAGAUGCCCUCGGUCUCAAAAAAUGUGUUUCAACAUCCCUUCUUUCCUCUGAUCAUGCAAAUCGGAACCCUUUUUUGGUAAUGUCUCUUUUUCUCAAAACUAAACCUUGCAGGGUUUUAGGUGUGUAAUUAUUUGGAGCAGGGGAGUGUUGAGCAUCAGCCUAUACAGUUCCAACACCAAUGUUGGGGAGCAUCUUUGAAUCAGAUCCUGUUCUCAUUAUAUAUCCAUAGAAACUAUAUGCCUACCGGUACAGUGGUUGUCUUAAUCCUUAAGGUAUGCCUCAAAUAUUGACAGCGGAUAUGGUCACAUUGUCCAGAAAUGUGACAGCUGGUAUCUGGAAUGUAGGCCUAUACCCUUUUGAUUUUGAAGGAGAGAGAUAUUGUCAUAAAGUGACUUAGUGAAGGUUACCAAUCAUCAAACCGAAGGAAAACACAGUCAUAAAGUGCUGAUUUUAAGGAUCUAUUGAUGCUCCCCAUAGCUAGUUUUUAUAUCAACUAUUUUAGACUUAUUUUGAUUUGUUUUGUAAUAUAUUGACUUGCCAGUGUACGUAUGCAAUUUAGUUCAUAACAUUUGUGAAAUAAUUUGCUUUUUCAAUAAAAUAAAACAUUUGCAUAAUA